AGGUGCACAAUGGGGUUUUCAUAUCUACCGGUACAUCUUAGUCUCUGACAUUUCCCUGGCCAUUCACAGAUGCAAUAAUCUUUGUUUAUUGAGCCCAGGGUGUUUGCAGGGUAUUGCUGGCAUUAUACGGGAAAUGUAAAGGGGAUGGAAAUAGAUGGUAGAGUAGCACGACAGCUCUCAGAUCCCUUCAGAAAGUGUCAACAAAAGUCCUGACUCGAUGGUGGGCUUCUCCAGUCUCUUUGCAAGACUCAGUGAACCAUUGCAGUGAGCAUGCAGCAUCUCAUCAUCAUUCUUGCAUUUCUUGUCCCUCGUCUGCUUACGGAGGAUGUAUCCUUUGCAGAGGGGAUACCCUGUUCUAAGUAUCAAGUAGCUUUCAAUCGGUCAUGCUAUGAGUUCGUGAAACUCCAGCGCACAUUCACAAGUGCCCAGAGCUGGUGUGAGAGAGGAGGGGGCCACCUGGUCUUUAUUGAGGAUGAAGAGACGCAGAUGUUCUUAGAGGAGCACAUUUCUGAGGACAAAGAAUGGUGGAUUGGGAUAACCUACAGCUCUUCUUCAAAUGAAACAUCUGAAGGGUCCCUGAUUUGGUUGGAUACCUCAAAUAUCACCUAUAGCAAAUGGCACCAAGAUUCACCCUCGGUCCUCACAUCUUCAUGUGGGUAUAUCCUGAAGAACUCUGGCUAUGAAUGGGGCAUAACAGAGAACUGCAGCCAGGAGUUUGAAUUCAUUUGUGAGUUUGAAUCUGGCCUCAGCAUUGCCUGUGACAACUUCAAUGCCACAGUGCAGUGUGGAUCUGGAGAAGUGAUUCAAAUUGGAGAAAGCUUCUAUGGACGGAAAACGCCUCACUAUUGUGUACUCGAGACUCGCCUGGAGUUUGAUGUUGAAGAAGAAUGUAGCUGGGUCAGCGUGAAGGACGAGGUGGCAGGGCAGUGCCAUGGGCUCCAAGCAUGCCAGGUAGCCGCUGAUGGGACUUUCUUUGGAGACCCCUGUUCGGCUUUGGGAAGCUAUCUGUCUGUUCAGUACCAUUGCAUGGAAGGCUUGCGACUGGCUGUAACAGAGAAGAGCUUUGUCUUUGAAAAUGUCACCAUAUCCUUGAAGUGGCUGCUUUCUCCUUAUUCUGGCAACCUUUCGUGCAUCAUUAGCACUGGAGAUGGAAACACGAUUGAUCCAUAUUACCCGCCAACCUUGUUUAGCAAUGUGAGCCAUCACUAUGUCUCUCCUGGUAAAUUCACCAUCUUUGUGGAAUGCACCACCAGUGAAUGGCAUGUAACUGCUCAAAAACUGUUGACUGUGCAAGAUAAAAUGGAUGAGCUGACUGUUAGCUGGUGCUUCAGCAAGAACGAAGUAGGAAACCGCUCUCACUGCAGGACUCUUUAUGAGGAAACUCUGUGGAUUCAAGUGGAACUUAAUGGAGGGACUGGAGUGACCUACACUGUUCUAAGCAACAACAAGACGGUGACAGAGUCCAGUGUAAAGUCAGGCAUUGUUCCUCAUAAUUUGACCUUGGAUGGUGCAUCUCAACAGCUUUUAGGUCCUGGGGUACAUCGUCUGGAAAUUGUUGCAACCAGCAACACCACAGAAGAAGAACUUACAGAAGUCCUCACUGUCCAUUUAAUAGAAUCAGUCUCUGGCCUUCAAGCUGAAUUAACCUCUCGCUCUGUGGAGUUAGGAGACAAUCUAGAGGUCAUAGUCUCUGCUCAACACGGUGCUCCCCACAAACUGAAGUUUGAAGUGUCUGGAUCUAACAAGACUUUUACUCAUUGGAGAGAUUGUCCUGAAGGAGCAUCUGAAACCUACAGAAUCCCACUGGAGGCUGAAGGUACUUUUCUGGUCAAAGUGCUUGCGAUGAAUGCCUUCUCGAACAUGAGCGUGGAUGUAGGAACUGUCACAGUGUCAUCUAACAGUUCUCAUAAAGAAGGCAAAGGCAAGUGCACACUUCAUUAUCUUCCUAAAAAUGAUAAAGCAAUACAUUUUAAAAUGCAAGUUUCCUUCGUUCCCUUGCCCAGAUUUAUAUAUGUUAUGUGCCCCAAUUCGAAAACGUGCUAUCUUCUUGAGGAAGAAGAGCAAUCAAAUAUAAAAAGAGUUGAUGACAAAGGGAAAAAUAAGAUAUACAUUAAGCCCAGUCGCCAUGCUGGACUCUUCACAACCAUUAUUCUUGGUUGGCCUGAUGAGAGCAACGGUUCUGUCUACACUUGGUCUUGUGGAUCUUGCUGGCCUGAAUGGGGUGAAUGUGUGCAAGAACAGUCCAUCCAGACGGACCAAAGGGAAAUCCGGAUUCUUCCUGCCUGCUUACCUCCUCCUAGCUCGGCUGUGACUGUGAAAGUUACAGUCAAAAACUUGGAAAAGCAAGAGAAACAGGAUGAGCAAUGUCUCUACAUCACAGCAAAGCAAGACCUGAGGCCACAAAUCAGUUGUGAGAUGAACUGCAAGCCAGUAAAUGUCACAGAAGAUGUUAGACUCAGCGUCUCAACAGAGCUGGAUUCAAAGGCCACACUCUACAAGUGGUAUCUAGACCAUUCAUUUGAAAGAAAGCGCAUUAUGCUCCCAUCAGUCUGUAGUUUGACAGGUUUCCCCCAGAGCUCCCUCACUUUGCUUCAGAGCAAUACAGCAAGGCUGGUGCUGAACACCUCUUUCCUGCAAACACAAGGAGAAGCCUUUAGGAUUAAAGUAACAGCUGUGAAUGAGCACAAGUAUGGCGAAGAAAUCUUCAUUGUCAGCACAGUGCCUCCUCCAGCAGCCCCAGUCUGUACAAUAUCCCCUGAGCAAGGAUCAGUUCUCACAAGUUUUUCAAUCUCCUGCACCACUUCCUGCCUGGAGGAUCAGUGCCUUCCAUCGGAUAGCUCCUCACUCACAUAUUGUUUCUAUCUGGAGCCAAAUUCUCUCCUACACUGUGGACACAAUUGUGUUCUCCCUUCAGUUUACCUCCCACUUGGAGAAAAGGACAAUGACUUCCUUUUACGAAUCCAUGUUUCUGUAACCAAUAGUUAUGGUGACACACUUCAUACAAAUUCCACUGUCAGGGUUUGGCCUGAGGAUAUAAAUGAUGGAAACCAGACGCUGCAGAGUAUUAUUUUGGAAAAAUCAAACACCAUCCUAAAAGGAGAGAACAACAGUAUGUCCCUGUUCCAGCUGUACAAAUCAGUAUCUUCUGUUCUUAAUCACAAGAUGAAGGAAGAGAAUGUUAAUACAUCACUGCAGACAGAUACAAGGAAGGAGUUGAGAGAGCUCAUGCUGACCACUCUGUCCACUGUCAAUGUAACAUCAAUGCAGACAGCACUUAAGAUGUCUGAAGUUCUGAAAGCAGUCACAUACAGGAGUGAAGAGCUAUCUUCCUUGGCACAGGUGGAAGCCGGCCAUACCCUGAAGAGUGUCAGUCAGUCUUUGCUGAUAGUGAAUAGUGAAGAUGGUCAAGAUGAUCUACAGCGCAAGGAGGCGGCCGGCUACCUCUUUGCAGCUGUGAGCAAUGUCCUUGAGGCUUCAGGUCAGAAUGGAACUGAGGAUGUUUCUGCCCCAGAGUCUUCACAGAGAUUGGUGCCACAGCAACUUCUAAAUGCUGUUGAAAACCUACAAAGUGCUCUUCUGAUUGGGAAGCUGCCGGAUGAUGAACCCACAGUGCUCACAGCUCCAUCUGCAGUGAUGUAUAUCAAUAGGUUGCAGACGGACACCGUAGACGGCACAUCCAUUAGCGUCUCCAAUUCCAGCUCAGCUAGCUUCUCUCUGCCCUCCGCCUCUUCCCUCAGUAUCUUGGAAGAAAGUGAGGAGACAGUGGACAUUAGGAUGGUGAGCUUCUCUGUAAAUCCCUUUUCUGCAAGUGACAGCUUUGAGAUCCACAGUGCUGUAGGAGGUCUCACUCUCACUAGCCUUGAUGGAAUGGUGAUUCCCAUGCGCAAUCUUAUGGAAGAUAUUGAGAUAAUUCUGCCAAGGAGUUCAACAAUACAAGACUACAAAAGUGUAUUGAGUCUGCAAGAUUUCAGUGCUCUCCAGGUUAACGUGACUUCAUCAAAUGCAUCUCUGGUGAUCCAUUUGGAGCUGGAACAAACCAUUCCACUUAUUCUAUAUUUGGGAUAUGGCUAUCAUCCCAAUGAGACAGAACAUGAACUGAUGACACGCCUUCCUCACAACAGAGACUCUACAGAUGAGGUAUAUUCUUGGAUCCUUCACCCAGAAGACCUUGAUUUUGGAGAAGGGAUUUACUAUUUCUUAGCAAGACCAGAGACAGAAUUAGAUGCUAUUGCUGCCAGCAGUAUAAACAUUUCAGUCACUUGCUUUCUAUCCCAGUGCGUAUUUUGGGAUGAACAUCAAGGGAAGUGGAGUAACCAUGGAUGCUAUGUUGGUCCCAAAACAACCCCUGAUAGCACUCAGUGCCUGUGUAACCAUUUGACAUUCUUUGGGAGCUCUUUCUUUGUGAUGCCAAACACCAUUGAUGUCAGCAAAACAGUGGAGUUAUUUGCUACCUUUGUGGACAACCCUGUUGUGGUGACAACUGUGGGUUGCAUUUUUCUUGCAUAUCUGCUGGUUCUGAUCUGGGCUAGAAGAAAAGACAUCCAAGAUGAUGCCAAAGUGAAGAUAACAGUGUUGGAAGACAAUGACCCUUUUGCUCAGUAUCGCUACCUGGUAACUGUUUAUACUGGACACCGCCGGGGGGCAGCUACAACCGCCAAGGUGACUCUCACCUUGUAUGGCCAGGGAGGCGAGAGCGAACCCCACCACCUUGUGGAUCCAGACAGCCCCAUCUUAGAGCGAGGAGGAGUGGACGUCUUCCUCUUGUGCACACUCUUUCCCCUUGGAGAACUACAAAGUAUCAGACUGUGGCAUGACAAUUCAGGAGGAAGCCCAUCCUGGUAUGUGAACCGUGUGCUGGUUCAUGAUGUUGCCACAGAUCAGAAGUGGUAUUUCCUUUGUAACUCUUGGCUGGCUAUUGAUGUCGGAGACUGUGUUCUAGAUAAAGUGUUCCCUGUAGCCACAGAGCAGGACAUGAAGCAGUUCAGCAAUCUGUUCUUUAUGAAGACCUCCAAAGGAUUUCGUGAUGGACAUAUCUGGUAUUCCAUUUUUAACCGCUGUCCACGCAGCUCCUUCACGCGGGCCCAGAGGGUCUCCUGCUGUUUCUCCCUGCUUUUGUGCACUAUGCUGACCAGUAUCAUGUUCUGGGGCGUGCCCAAAGAUCCAGCUGAUCAGAAAAUGGAUUUAGGGAAAAUAGAGUUCACAUGGCAGGAAGUGAUGAUUGGCUUUGAGAGCUCCCUCCUCAUGUUCCCCAUCAACUUACUCAUCGUGCAAAUCUUCAGGAACAUUCGGAGUCAGCCUAAGAAGGAGAAGAAGCCAGGGAAGAGCGGGCGGGUGUCCCCUGACCUUCCUGCUACUUCCCAGCAGGUCUCCCAGAGCAUGUCACUCUCUCCUGAGGCUGUGAUCAAGGAUAUUCGGCGAAUUGCCAGUUCCCUGUUCAGAACCCUCAAGGCACCCUUGCCAUCCUUUGAGUCUGAUUUCGGUAAAUCGACUGAUAUUAACAAGCUUUUAGCCUUGGUCGAGGACAUUAUCUGUCAGCAGAACAGGAUUGGACAGGAAUUCUACAAUGAGAGCAAGAAGAAAGAUGACCCAAUUAUCAUAACCCUUGGAUUAGUGGAUUUACAAGAAAAGACCCCAACUCCAGAGAAAGGAAUUGGGAGACAUCUGAAGCAUCGUGACUACAACCGUUGCCUCUACAUGCAGCUGCAGCAUGUGGAGCUGGAACUGGAGCUCCUUGGGCCACAUAAAUUCCAAAGCCCACAAAGUUACUCUCAGGCCGUGAGGCAGGUGCGGCACAUGAAAGACUUCCUGGAAAGCCAGUUGUCUUCUGCAACAUCCAGCAGCGAGAGGGGCUCACCAACUCCCAGCCUUCCGGAAGAUGGUAAGAAGGAACCAACACCCAAAGGCUUGCCCUCGUGGUUUGUCUACAUCGGCUGGCUCUUGGUGGUAGUCACCAGUGGUGUCUCUGGGUUCUUCACAAUGCUGUAUGGGCUGCAUUAUGGCAAGGAGAACUCCAUCAAGUGGCUGAUCUCCAUGGCUAUCUCCUUCUUUGAAAGCAUUUUCAUUACACAACCAUUAAAGGUUCUAGGAUUUGCUGCUUUCUUUGCUUUGGUGCUUAAAAAAGUGGAGCAAGAAGAUGAGGAGAACACUGCCAUUGAUGGGCCAUUGUCUACUUCAGGUGACUCAAAUCCUAUCUUUGGGGUACGCAGAGACAGCGGAAGCAACAUCUAUCAGCCUCCCCCUGCCACUGACAUCGAGAAGAUGAAGAAUAAUCGAGUCAAGGAACAGAAAGCCUUUGCCUUGAUAAGAGAAAUCUUAGCCUACUUGGGAUUCUUGUGGAUGUUGCUUUUGGUUGCCUAUGGACAGCGAGAUCCUAAUUCCUAUUAUCUCAACAAACACAUUGAACAAAGCUUCACAGAUGGAUUUGAAGAAGUCUUAAGUUACCAGGAUUUCUUUAAAUGGGCCAGAGCCACUUUAAUCAAAAAUUUAUAUGGACCAUAUCAAGGCUUUAUCACAGAUGGCAACUCCAAACUUGUAGGUAGUGCACGGAUUCGUCAAGUUCGGGUAAAAAGCGGCACGUGCCCCAUAGCUCCCAAACUGCAGCUGACUGUCAGAGAAUGCCGUGCGCCUUAUUCUUUUGACACAGAAGACACAAUGGAUUAUGGAGUGAACUGGAACGUCUCUUCCCUUGACAACUCUUCUGAGCUCAGUUCUGCCUGGCAGUAUCAGAGCCAGUCUGAACUCAGAGGGCAUCCAAUCUGGGGCAAACUGGCUGUCUAUAGAGGCGGAGGAUACGUGAUUCACUUGGGGACAGAUUCCCAGAAUGCCUCCAGAAUUCUCCAGUACCUCUUUGAUAACACCUGGCUGGAUAUUUUUACAAGAGCUGUGUUUGUCGAGUUCACCGUCUAUAAUGCCAACGUGAACCUGUUUUGCAUUGUAAGCCUUAUGUUUGAAACAAAUGCCUUAGGGGCUUUCUUUACACGGGCUGAGCUGCAGAGUGUCCGACUUUAUCCCUACACAGAUGGCUUGCAUAUCUUUGUGGUGGCAGCAGAAGUUGUUUACUUCCUCUUUGUCAUCUACUACAUGGUGGAACAGGGAAAGCUCAUACGGGCUCUGAAAUGGAACUACUUCCGCAGCAAGUGGAACCUGCUGGAAUUGGCCAUCAUCACUAUCAGCUGGAGUGCCCUAUCGGUGUUUGUAAGACGGACAAUCUUGGGCUCACGAGACAUCAGUUACUAUCAGGAGCACAAGGAUGAGUUUGCCAGCUUCAAUCAGACCGCAACUGUUGAUGCCGUUCUGGGCUACCUGAUCGCCUUCCUGGUACUUCUCUCCACAGUGAAGCUCUGGCAUCUUCUGCGGUUGAACCCCAAACUGAACAUGAUCACCUCCACCCUGAAGCGGGCCUGGGGGGACAUAUCAGGAUUUGCAACUGUGAUUAUAAUCAUGUUCCUUGCCUACUCCAUUGCUACAAACUUGAUCUAUGGCUGGAAGCUAAAUUCUUACAAGACCCUGUUUGAUUCGGCAGAGACAAUGGUUAGCCUUCAACUCGGAAUCUUCAAUUAUGAAGAGGUCUUGGACUACAAUCCUAUUUUGGGCUCCUUCUUAAUUGGCUCCUGCAUCAUUUUCAUGACCUUUGUGGUGUUGAAUCUCUUUAUUUCAGUUAUCCUUGUCGCUUUCAGUGAGGAGCAGAAACAUUAUCAGGCUUCAGAAGAGGAAGAGAUAGUCGACCUAAUGUUGAAGAAAAUGUCGAGUUUCCUUGGCAUUAGAUGCAAAAAUGAUCAGAAAACCGGCCAUGAUAAGCCUCUGGAAGGACUUGCAGGCAAUUGAACACUGCCAGGAGAAUGCCUUGCUUAUCACUUCAUUUUACAGCUGCCUUUAGAUAUCAUGGUUCCUGUGUUUGUGAAAUGCUAGACCUGAAGAACAUUCCAGAAUGUGCGCUCUAAAUUGUUAUAUUCAAGACCUUAGCCUUAAUCCUGUACUGAAAAAUGUAGAAAUAAGUGUAACAGCAUCAAAUGGCUAGCCUGACUCCACUUAACUGUAUUUCAUCUGCAGUGUGAUAUAAUAAACAAUAUAAUAAAGCAAUUUCAGAAAAAA